UGUUGGGCAUCAUGGCGGCGCGCGGAGUGUCUCCGUCUGUGAACAGGCUGCUGCAGGCUGUGAAGUGUUCCUCGGUCCAGGCCAGAUGUUGCGCCCUGCUGCAGUCCAGAUGUUGUGCGGCCCACGGCCGGGCGCAGUACUCCACGGUGCACAGUCCCCAGGAGAAGACCUUCGAUAAGAUCCUCAUCGCCAACAGAGGGGAGAUCGCCUGCAGGGUGAUCAAGACGUGUAAGAAGAUGGGCAUCCGGACGGUGGCGGUCCACAGCGACGUGGACGCCAGCGCCGUCCACGUGAAGAUGGCGGACGAAGCCUUCUGUGUGGGUCCCGCCCCCACCAGCCAGAGCUACUUAAACAUGGACGCCAUCAUGGACGCCAUCAGACUGACGGGAGCGCAGGCUGUCCAUCCCGGCUACGGCUUCCUGUCUGAGAACAAAGAGUUCGCCAAGCGGCUGGCAGCAGAAGGCGUGUCGUUCAUCGGCCCGGACACUCACGCCAUCCAGGCUAUGGGUGACAAGAUCGAGAGCAAGCUGAUCGCCAAGGCCGCCAAAGUCAACACCAUCCCGGGGUUUGAUGGCGUCGUCCAGAAUGUGGAGGAGGCUGUGAAGAUCGCUCAGGACAUCGGCUACCCGGUGAUGAUCAAGGCGUCUGCAGGAGGCGGAGGGAAAGGCAUGAGGAUCGCCUGGAACGACGAGGAGACCAGGGAGGGUUUCCGCUUCUCGUCUCAGGAGGCGGCGUCCAGCUUUGGAGACGACCGGCUGCUCAUCGAGAAGUACAUCGACAACCCCCGACACAUCGAGAUCCAGGUUCUGGCCGAUAAACACGGGAACGCGCUGUGGCUGAACGAGAGGGAGUGCUCCAUCCAGAGGAGGAACCAGAAGGUGGUGGAGGAGGCUCCCAGCACCUUCCUGGACCCGGGCACCAGGAGGGCCAUGGGGGAGCAGGCGGUGCAGCUGGCGAAAGCCGUGCAGUACUCGUCUGCCGGGACCGUGGAGUUCCUGGUGGACUCUCAGAAGAACUUCUACUUCCUGGAGAUGAACACCAGACUGCAGGUGGAGCACCCCAUCACAGAGUGCAUCACGGGCCUGGACCUGGUGGAGCAGAUGAUCCGGGUGGCCAGAGGCUACGAGCUGCAGCACCGGCAGGAGGACAUCCCCAUCAGGGGCUGGGCCGUCGAGAGCCGGGUGUACGCCGAGGAUCCCUACAAGUCCUUCGGUCUGCCGUCCAUCGGCCGGCUGUCGCAGUACCAGGAGCCGCUCAGCCUCAGCAACGUUCGUGUCGACAGCGGCAUCCAGGAAGGAAGUGACAUCAGCAUCUACUACGACCCCAUGAUCUCCAAGCUGGUGACCUUCGGAGCGACCCGGGCCGAGGCUCUGUCCCGGAUGGAGGCGGCUCUGGACCAUUAUGUGAUCCGAGGGGUCGCCCACAACAUCCCGCUGCUGAGGGAGAUCAUCACCCACCCCCGCUUCGUCUCCGGAGACAUCAGCACCAACUUCCUGCCGGAGGUUUACCCCGACGGGUUCAAAGGUCACCGGCUGGGAGCCGCCGGGCGCCGGGAGCUGCUGGCCGCCGCCGCCGCGCUGCACGUCACCGCGCAGCUGAGGUCGCACAACAUCCUGGGAGAGCUGAGGGUGUCCUCGUCCGUCCCCCGGGCGUCUCGCUGGUCUCUGGCUGCCGAGUUGGGCGACGACCGUCUCUCUCUGGAAGUCUCUAAAUCGGGAGACGUCUACUCGGUGGAGGUGGACGGAGGGACGGUGGAGGUCAGAGGUCAGUGGAAUCUGGCCUCCCCUCUGCUGCCCGUCACCAUCAACGGCUCGGAGCGCAUGCUGCAGUGUCUGUCCAGAGACGCGUCCGGCCUGGUGGUCCUGCAAUACCUGGGCACCGUGUUUAAGGUCCGGGUUCUGUCCAAACUGGCCUCCGAGCUGAUGUCCUACAUGCCGGAGAAGGUUCCAGAAGACACCAGCAGCAUCCUGCGCUCCCCCAUGCCAGGGACAGUGGUGACUGUGUCCGUCAAACCUGGAGACACGGUUGCAGAGGGUCAGGAGAUCUGUGUGAUUGAAGCCAUGAAGAUGCAGAACAGCCUGACUGCUGCCAAACAAGCCAAGGUGAAGAGCGUCCACUGCCGGUCCGGGGAGACGGUGGGGGAAGGAGACCUGCUGGUGGAGCUGGAGUGAAACCAGGACCCACGUAGACCCGUCUGGACCCACGUGGACCCGGUGUGUUUGGUUUGGUGACUGUUAGCUGUUUGUAGAGCUGCUAGUUUGAUGGAAGGUCAGUUCACCCACAUUCCCAAAGACCAGUUCCCACAUGUGGUCUGGCUGUGUGGUUUCUAUGGUAACCGCUCCCGGGCCGGACCGGGCUGCUGACACUCCCACGUAACGACACGUGCCUUCGCUUCCUGCAGCAGACCUGCUGCUCUGUACUGGAAGAAAACAUCUGUUUCACUAAUAAAGACUCAUUUUCCACUUG